UCAGACUCCAAGGAGAAGCCCCGAAACCAAGGGUAUUGGCUAUAACAGAAAGUGGAGCCUUACCUGGCAUCUAGAGAAUGUGGACUGGAUAUAAGAUCUUAAUCUUUUCCUAUCUUACCACAGAAAUUUGGAUGGAGAAACGGUAUGUAUCUCAAAGAGAAGCGAACCCAGGAACUGCUUUUACUAGGAAUCAUACGAUUUUGGAAGGUACUCGAUUCAAGAGAGCCAUUUUCAAAGGGCGAUACUGCAGAAGUUUUGGUUGUUGUGAAGACAGAGAUGAUGACUGUGUCACUCAUUUCUAUGAGGCAAAUGCACUAUGUUACUGUGAUAACUUCUGUGAAAGGGAAAAUUCUGAUUGCUGUCCUGAUUACAAGUCAUUUUGCCAUGAAGAGAAAGAAAGGCCUCCUCACAUAAAGCCUUGGGAUCCAGAAGGUUGCUUCAGAGAUGGUCAACUUUAUGAAGAAGGAUCAGUAAUUAAAGAAAACUGCAACUCCUGCACAUGCUCAGGACAGCAAUGGAAAUGCUCCCAGCUUGUCUGCCUUGUUCAACCAGAACUAAUUGAACAUGUCAAUAAAGGAGACUAUGGAUGGACAGCCCAGAACUACAGCCAAUUCUGGGGAAUGACUCUAGAAGAAGGUUUCAAGUACCGUCUUGGUACCCUGCCACCUAGCCCCAUGCUUCUGAGUAUGAAUGAGAUGACAGCUUCUUUACCUGCAACAACUGAUCUUCCAGAGUUUUUUAUUGCUUCUUAUAAAUGGCCUGGAUGGACUCAUGGCCCAUUGGAUCAAAAAAAUUGUGCUGCAUCAUGGGCAUUUUCUACUGCAAGUGUGGCCGCUGACCGAAUAGCAAUUCAGUCCAACGGUCGAUACACAGCCAAUCUGUCCCCUCAGAAUUUGAUCUCUUGCUGUGCCAAGAACCGACAUGGAUGCAAUAGUGGAAGCAUUGAUAGGGCUUGGUGGUUCCUGAGAAAACGUGGACUGGUAUCCCAUGCAUGCUAUCCACUUUUCAAGGACCAAAAUGCUACCAAUUAUGGCUGUGCUAUGGCAAGUAGGUCUGAUGGGAGGGGAAAACGGCAUGCCACAAAGCCAUGUCCCAACAACAUUGAGAAAUCGAACAGGAUCUACCAAUGUUCUCCUCCAUACAGAGUCUCCUCCAAUGAAACUGAGAUAAUGAAAGAAAUCAUGCAAAAUGGACCAGUUCAAGCCAUAAUGCAAGUCCAUGAAGAUUUCUUCCAUUAUAAGACAGGGAUAUAUAGACACAUUACCAGAACAAAUGAAGAAUCAAGAAAAUAUCAAAAGCUUCAGACACAUGCCGUCAAACUCACUGGAUGGGGUACACUGAAAGGAGCACAAGGACAGAAAGAAAAAUUCUGGAUUGCUGCCAAUUCCUGGGGAAUUUCAUGGGGAGAGAAUGGCUAUUUCAGGAUUCUUCGAGGAGUAAAUGAAUCUGACAUUGAAAAGUUGAUUAUCGCAGCUUGGGGCCAUCUGACAAGUUCAGAUGAACCAUAACAUAUCAUUAAAUUUCCAUAAGGCCAUGCAUUUAAGUAACCCCUUAAAUUGAAAUUAAGCAAUGUGAGGUUCUCUGUGACAGUGGAAUCUUUGUUUCUUCACCUUGUUAUUAUAAUGUGCCUGUUUUUUUGUUUCACCCCAGACUCCAUGCUUCUGCUUCCUUUAUAUCACUGAGCAUAUAAAAACACUAAUAGAGGAUAGCAGAGUAGCUAAAUGUCUUUAAAGUUAUCUGGUUGUUUUUCUUUUUCUCUCAUGAUAAUUCCAUUUUGACUUUGAUAGUUCACAAAAGUGUGACAGCACUUGUCUUAAAAGUACAUGGCAUUCCGUUGUAGAAAUGAAGUAGUUUCUAUCCUUAACCAAUGAGGAUUUCAGGCAACAAAACAAAACAAAACAAUGGAAAUACCAAUUUACCAUCUUUAUGACUUUUUCAAGCAAAUGAAGUUUUCUGAAUUAGUAUCUUGCUUAUGAUUUGCCAAAACAAGAAAAUAGAUUACUGUUUCUCUCAAUAUGCUAACAUUUGUUUCUUUUUAUUUGUCUUAACCUCACUUGCCAUCUGAAUUCAAAAGGGAAGUAACUCUCCACAGGAAAUAACUAUUCUUUAUGGUAAUUUAAUCUUUAAACUGUGUAUUGGCCUGUGCUAUAAAGAAGAUGGUGUCUGGAGGGAAAAUUUUGCACCACCUCCUUUGGUUCUUUUGCCUUGUCUAAUAAUUAAAUUAACAGAUUUAGAGGAGAAAAGGAAAUAUUUAAUUAUGUAUAUACAAGUGCCCCAUAAAAAUAUGAGACUCAAACAAGGGACUGAAGUAGUCAUCUUUAAUACCUCCUUGACAAAGAAAUAAUAAGUUUGUGAAGAACUGACCAGACAAAGAAACCUAGGUUUGGGUAUUAUUUAGUGAAAAAAUUAAGCAUAGUUUGUUUACAUAGCUUUCUCAGCCUUGAUUAUCCUUUCUCUGGUAAUAAGAAUGUCUCUCUAUCUUCUGGUUCUGGGAAGGUACUUUUCAAACAGGAGAAUUAUUUCCUUUUUUCAGGGGGAUGGAGAGGAGUGUCAGAAUAUCAUUGUACUGGUUAUUCUCAAAUAACUUUAAUUCAAAGUAGUCAAUAUGUCAAAGUGGCAUAAUCUGGGGCAGCCUGACCUGAACCCCAUCACUGGUAAGUAAUGGAAAAACUUAGAGGCCAACAAUGGAAGUAUAGUCUUUCACACACACACACACACACACACACACACACACACACACACACACACCUAUUUUUGGAAGCCAGUACACUUUAUGUAAAGUCUAAUAAAACCAGUUACAAAGCUGUAUUUGGAAAGAUAACAUAUUUACUCCUGAAAACAGCAACCUGAUGCCAUGAGUCAGAAAGAAUAAAUAGACUUUUAUCACAACCAUUUCACAGUUCAGUACUUGAGAUUCCAAAAAGUAAGCUAAAUUUGCACUGAUUUGCAUCUAAUUUUUAUUUUAGUUCUCUAUAGUCAGAGAAACAAAAUAGCAUCAUCAUAAUGGUUGAAAAAGGAUAUAAUCUUUUAAUAAUUCACUGGCGCCUUAAAUGGCAAACUAACAAAUGAAAAAGCAAAGCUGAUCAGUAAGUGAGCAUGGCCGAUUAUAAUUACAAUGUUAGGAUAUCCGUGGCUUCCAAUUUCUGGGCACUCUGUCAUCUGAAUUUUCAUUGUGGAACUUUUCUAUGCUUUUGUGCAUAAAGGUGCCCUGAUUAGAUAAGCAGAAAAGUUGAAAAUGUAAGCAAGCCAAGCACAGAAAGGUGAGUGUAGCUGCAGUUCCUUUCUCCAUUAAUCACUGCAGUUUCAUCAGAAGCAGCAUCUACUCACUUGGUUCUGCCCUACAUUAUACCCACAAGUCUGAUUCACCGUGGCUAAAGUUCCCCCAGUGGGCUGAGAAAUAAUCUGGUUUUGUUCCAAUUUGGAUUCCUCUAGAAGCAGUCCCUGAGACAAAGGUUUGAGUGCACAUAGUCUAAACAGUGAAGGGAACACUGAAGAAAGUGGGUAGUGAUGUAGGGUCAUUGAAGGCAGACAACAAAGGCUGUGUUGCCAAGCAAAGUGGUACCAUAGGUAAUGUGCUCUUAUCUCACUAGGGAUGGUUCAUAUAUUACUCAGAUUAAUGUCAACCAUGAAGGAUGUGUGUCGGUUCAAGACUGCUCCAGAGGGGCAUGAAUUCCCUGUUUGGUCUGGUCUGGAAAGUUGUGGUGUCAAGAAAAAAACGCAGGCAGGGGAUCCCUGGGUGGCGCAGCGGUUUAGCGCCUGCCUUUGGCCCAGGGCGCGAUCCUGGUGACCCGGGAUCGAAUCCCACGUCGGGCUCCCGAUGCAUGGAGCCUGCUUCUCCCUC